AUGGGCAACUCCCUCUCAGACAACAGCUACCUCAACACCCGCGCGUGUGGCGCCCGCAACAUAACCUGGAAGUACAUCCACACCUUCGGCAAAGUCCCCAUCGAACUCACAUUCUGCCCAUCCUACAACGCAAUCCUCAGCUCGCACUGCUGCUGGGACGGAAUCUGCACACCACACCCCUACUUCGACCCCGAGUUCCACCGGUACCAAUGGCGCGACUGGAACGGGUUGGGAGAUCCGUAUCUCAAUCGCACAUGGCCCUGGCCGGAUUUCGAUGACAGUAUGCCAGAUGCCAAGCGUACGGGCAUGAGGUCUAUGGAUAGACGGAAGAAUGAGACGCAGUAUACUUGGGACUGUAAUCCGUUCUUUUAUGGGGGGUGGGACCAUCAGCCGAAGGUUUGGAUUAAGGAUGGGCGCGAGGCGAGGGAGGCGAAGAGGGUGUGUGAGGAGUGUAUAAGGAGAUUUCAGCCAAAGAAUUCGGGGAAGAAUGUUACUUGGGUUGAGGUUAGAGAGACUUGGGUUGAGACUACACAUACGAUUUGUACGGAUGCAUGUGAGAAGCUUGAAGAGAAGGAUAGGAACGCGCUGGUUUUGGCUAAGAAUCAAAAUCAGACGGCAUCUAGGAAGUCGAGUGGUCCUCGAGCAAAUGGGGUUGGGGUUGGGGGUGGGGAUGGUCAAGUUGAUUGGUUGGUUGAUGAGUUUGGUAUGGAUUGAAAAUAGUUUGGUAUGGAUUGAAAAUGGAAUAUGGAGGAGUGGGUUCAAAGAGUUGA